AGCCCACAUCAAGGAGGUUAUAGGGGCCUACAUUUUUUUCUUAAGGUCCUUGGGCAACAUGUAGUUCGGUAUUUUUACACUGCGAGGUUGAGUUGUGUAAGGAGAGAGAGUGAACAAGAGGCUGCUUUGCUACCUCCUAGAUAUAAUAUAGGCCUAAACUGCUCUGUCAUACGGGCAGUGUCCUCAAAAUGUCCCCACUUUCCACUUGGUUUGGACCGGGCACAAAUUGGGACUCAGCGCAUUACUGUCUAAACUCCUUGUUGGCCUAUCUUAUCGCAGUCAGUCUAUCACACAGCUCAGCUCCGAGUGCACACACCUGCGUGACGUCAUCAAAUCGUGCGUUGCUUUGUUUACUUUAGCAAUGACUUCAGGUCAAGGUAGGGAUAGCCUACCUGAUAUGCGAACUGCUAGGCAAGACCAACUGCAUCCGGCUUACCCUCAGGGGAAAGAAGAAUUGGGUGGGACAAGGCAAUAGUCGCUCAGAUUGAAGGCAAACAUGGGGUUGGUGUGUAAAUGUGAGCGAUGACGCAAAUUUAAUUGUAGCUGUACUUUUUACCGCAGUUGCUGGAGCAAUCUACACGCAGAUUCUUCUGCAAGGCAAGAGAGGUCAGAAGAAGGGAAAUCUUAUGAAAAGUCAUCAUGAAGUAUGGGCGUCUUCAUAGCUGUCUUCUACUGGCCUUGAUAUGUGGUGGAGCCUGUUGACCCGCCAUUCAGGUAUCCAUCCUGCUUUUGGACAAAAGAAUUUGCAGAGAACAGCAAUGAGUGCCGACCUGGUUGCGUAUACUUCUACCUGCUUGAUGAGGAGUAUUCAGAGCAAAAAUCAAAGAUGGUCUCAAGAUCUAGUGAUGCGUUAGAUUUUGUCAGCGAGUCACGGAGGUUGCAGGUGAAGGCUUGUGCCGAUAAAAUCUUCCCAGCUAACAUCAGCAUGCGACUCCGGAUCACGGCCAUUGAGAAAAUUGAAUACCUGAAUGAAGCCGAUUGGUCCUACUCUGCUAGAAAGACCUUCAAGAGCCCAUUUUUUCCAGAGCCUUACAAGCCUACUGAUGAGACCUACAAGUACCAGAUCUUUGCUCGACCUGGCUACCCAUACAUUGUUGUUAUUUUUGAUGAUUGGGUUAUUUCCCCCUGCUCUAACGUCUCGGUUAUCAAUGGCACCUUUUAUGGGGCAGACGCCACACUUUGUGAUAGUAUGUUCCACUGUUGCCCAAUUCCACGACGUGCAAUCCAGUCCACAGAGCCGGUGAUGACGUUCAUUUUUAAAACUGGAGAGAACAGACUCUCUGGACAUUUUAACUUUUACAACGGCUUCAAAGCUACAGUCUAUUCUUACUCCAACAUUGGCCAAGUCCCUGAUAUCCGCACAGAUUGUGGAGGUAUCAUCACAGACCCGGGAGAUGCCAUCAGUCUUCUGUACGAGGCUGAUGGCCAUGACCGGGACUGUAUAUGGAUCAUCAGGGUGGCAGAUGGUUAUCAAGGUGUAUAUGUGAACCUUAUUGAAUUUGAUGCUUCAGGAAGAACGCAGUCUGAUGGGUUCAGCUCCACGACUCCACGCUCUUUGGAGAUUCGCGGUGGACUAACUUCUGCGGGUGCCAAGCUGUCUCUCCAAUCCUCUCACAUCUCGGGCACAGGUUUCUAUGUUCGCCUUCGAGGAACAUACACACAGGAGUCUACUAUUCUUCUGGCUUAUUCUUCUUACACAUAUGGCUGCUCAUCCCGAUGGGACUAUUUCUUGUGCAAGAACAAACGAUGUAUCCUGGAGCGGCUGACAUGUGACAAGGUUGACCACUGUGGAGACAAUUCUGACGAAGUCUGGCCUCAGUGUGGUGAGUCCCCUGGCUCAGGUACCUCUGAUGGUAGCAACGGCAGCUCAGUCAAGGUCGGGGUGAUUGUGCCGGUGGUGACUUCCGUCUUCCUGGCUGUCUCAGUCAUCAUGUGCCUCAUAAUCUGUUUCGUCCGUCGCUGUCGGCGAAUGAGCUCGGAGACCUACGGUCAACAACGCCAGGAUGCAGGCAAUAACAGUCGAGGAAGACAUAGACGUCGGAGGAACCAAAAUGUUCAGAUGAAUGUGACCUUGAGCUCAAGUGAACAUCCACCGUCGUAUGAAGAGGUUAUCCAAAACACACCCAUUGGAUGUCUCAACAUGGCAUUCUCUUGGUCCCACACAGAGCAGGACAUGUCCCAACCACCAACUUACGAAGAGGCGACAUCACCAGUGACCCCAUUCCUCCCUGAGGAAGGUCGUCAAGGUCGUUUGGUACCCUUCACAUCCUCCAAUAGUGUUAGCACUAUCAGUGACACCGUCCCCCAGCCUAUUAUCACAGACAAUAACAACCGCAACAACAACAACAGCAGCAGCAACAACAGAGUGGCGAGCAGUGUGGCAGGGAGCAGCUUUAUGCCUGGCUCGGCCAGAAAUGUGAGAACGGCCCAUGGCGGUCAGCAGCAGGUGGCUCCUCCCCCGUCUCUGAGACUGGCAGUACACACAGAGUGCUACAUGUCCUCAUCUAGUUCAUCAGAGGAUGCAGAGGAUACGCAUCCUCGUCUGGACUCCUCCUCCUCCUCCUCUUCGUCGGAUUCAUGUCUUGGCAAUGGGCAUUCUCUCGUGCCGCGAGACAGUUCUGCUUCUUCACCAGGUCACUGCACAGUAGAGCCUCGGACAGGGUCGCCAGAAGCCAGAGAUCGACGCAGCAUAGCCAAGCCUGAAAGAGAUUGUGGAGAUGUUCAAGUUGUUCUCGGCUCUCCCUCCGCAUCAAAGCAUUGCAUGAAGUAUGUGCAUAGAAAGCCUGAUGCUAUAGAAGGCUGUGAUCAGCAGCACAGACAAGAGUCCAAUGAACUGUAUGACAUACAGGAUGUUGAACAUCAGAAUAGACCAAGUGCUGGACUGAUAGAGAAUUCUGUUGAAAGGAGUAAUGUGAGGCACCAAAAUGCUCAGAAUUAUUUUGAAGGGCCUGCAAGAGAAAGAAGAGGAUCAGAUUUUGUAGAGACUCCCUCAGAAAGGAGGUUUGAGAGAGACAGCAGAGAACCGAAUGAUACAGGAACCUCUACGGAAAGGAGAAAUGAAAGGGAUUACUACAGAGCUUCUAAUGAUUUAGAAAGGCCUAUGGGACAUGCUGACCUUUCUGAAAAUGGUACGUUUGAUGAAAGGGGCAGCAGAGAUCUGAAUGGAGAAAAAAGGUACAGGGAUAGAGAAGACAGAGACAAUGCUUCUUGGGGUCGAGCUAGAGACAGAUACCCCUCACAUCAAGCCCCGGACAGAUCUGCGGAGAGGAGCAAACAGUCAAGGCGAGAAGAAUUAGCUGGCGCUUCCCGGCAGUCCAGACAUAUCUUGAGUAAUGGAAGGUCCCAGAGCUGUGCCAAUCUGGCUACUGGAGAUCCCAAGGAGGGUAUUGUAGUCCGGGAGGAAGACAAACGCUUCAGCUAUGCUGGGGCUGGAGACAACUCCCUGCACAGAGAAGACGAUCUUCUUAGGGGUCAGGGUAGAGGUCUUUUCAGAGGGAGGCCCCGUGAGCAUCUGGACAAAUUCUCUGACCGUGAUCCUGACCUGAGGAGAAAUUUGACCCCCGGUGACUCAUGGCUUGAUGCAUCUCACUCUAAUCCACGACCUGGGCGAGGUGUUGGUAGCAACGGUGGUGGUGGUGGUGGUGGCAAUGAUGCAUUCAGAGAGGAUCAGAGCCACAGAGGUUCCAACGUUUAUUCUGCAGUACCAGCUGACCGGCUCUCUUAUUCUGAUUUAUCCACUGUUCCAGAGUCAGAACACUCUAGAGAUGAGAGCCCUAAUGGGAGAUCCUACUCUAGACAUUACUCGGCUUCAAAUAAUAGGCAAACCUAUUACGAUGACUCGCAGAUGAGUUUGUCCUCUGAGCCUGGUCGCGAAGAGACACAUGUGGACAGAAGGAUGCCCUCUACUAAACCCCCGCGUCCACAUCACAGGGUUGUCCACAGAGACAGUUCUCAUCCAGACACAGACCAUGGACACCCGAGAGCUGCACGCCGCCCACCCCCUAUUCCUCAACGUCCUAGCCCAAUGAGGAAUAGAAGUUCAUCCCAUCAAGACGAUUUAGGUGAUGGUGAACCAAAAAAUUCUGGACCAGAUUCUUCAUCUAUUUCAGAUUUGUGCUUAGAAAUGGAUUCGUCACCCCGGACAUUACCAGAGGGCCAGAGGGCGGUAGAGGGCAGUCAGUACAGAGAGUGGCAAUGCUAGACUACACCAUUGGGGGCCUUACCUUUGUAGCUGUACAGGGUUUGAAUGGGUUAUAAUUUCUGUUUGAUGAAAGGGUCAAUGUCUGACUUUGCUGUACAAUGAAGAGACGAACAGCUGAAUUCAUGUUUAAUGAAUAAUAUGCUAUAAAAAUUCUGAAACCUUUCUUCAUCCUCGAUUUCUCUCAUAUUGCAAUCUCGGAUGGGAGUUACUGUGUCUUAUUUUUGAGGAUGUGGGUUGUUUGUCAUAUACGCCCUAUUCAUAGCUUUGUUGUAAAAUUAAAUGGAAGUUUUGAUUUCCAUUAUCCUGUCAGGUAACUGAAUAUUCUGCCUUCAAUACUGACAUUCUUCAACAAAGUUAAAAAUAAAAUGUGAAAGUGUGCUGUAGUGACAGUUGCUGUAGUGACAGUUGCUGUAGUGACAGUUUUUGCAUGUUGUUUUCUGGUCAAAACCAGUGAUACUUUCGCUCAUCCUCCUUUUUAGACUUUAAUGUUUUAAAUAGUUUUUAUGUGAAAUCUUAUGGUCUCCUGUGUACCUUUUAUUGAUCUGAAGCUUGAAGAUGAAAUGCAACUUUCCUUGAAAUGUUUUGUGUUCUGGAAAUAUGACACAUUCCUGUGCCUUUAUUA